CCAGGUUCAUGUGACCAGGAUGUCUCCCCUUCCCCACUUACCCAAGGUCAGCCUCAACCACAACCUUCCCCAAGUUCAUGAAUCCAGGAAUCCAUCCGUUCGCUCCCGGAUGUCUUCCCUUCCCCACUUACCUAAGGUCGGCGGUGCCUUCCCCGGAUCAGUGUCUCCAGGAGUCUGCUUGUGUCACCUGAGUGGACUCCCUUCCCCACUUCCUCUGAGUCAGCGGUAUUCUUGCUUUCCUUAGGAUCAUGUAUCCAGGAAUCCAUCCGUCUACCGCCGGAUGUCUCCCCUUCCCCACUUACCCAAGGUCAGCCUCAACUUCAUGUAUACAUGCCUUCCCCAGGUUCAUGUAUCCAGGAAUCCAUCCGCUCGCUCCGGAUGUCUCCCCUUCCCCACUUACACAAGGUCAGCCUCAACUGCAUGUAUUCAUGCCUUCCCCAGGUUCAUGUAUCCAGGAAUCCAUCCGCUCGCUCCGGAUGUCUCCCCUUCCCCACUUACACAAGGUCAGCCUCAACCACAACCUUCCCCAAGUUUAUGAAUCCAGGAAUCCAUCCGCUCGCUCCCGGAUGUCUUCCCUUCCCCACUUACCUAAGGUCGGCGGUGCCUUCCCCGGAUCAGUGUCUCCAGGAGUCCACUUGUGUCACCUGAGUGGACUCCCUUCCCCACUUCCUCUGAGUCAGCGGUAUUCUUGCUUUCCUUAGGAUCAUGUAUCCAGGAAUCCAUCCGUCUACCGCCGGAUGUCUCCCCUUCCCCACUUUCCCAAGGUCAGCCUCAACUUCAUGUAUUCUUGCCUUCCCCAGGUUCAUGUAUCCAGGAAUCCAUCUGCUCGCUCCGGAUGUCUCCCCUUCCCCACUUACACAAGGUCAGCCUCAACUGCAUGUAUUCAUGCCUUCCCCAGGUUCAUGUAUCCAGGAAUCCAUCCGCUCGCUCCGGAUGUCUCCCCUUCCCCACUUACCCAAGGUCAGCCUCAACUGCAUGUAUUCAUGCCUUCCCCAGGUUCAUGUAUCCAGGAAUCCAUCCGCUCGCUCCGGAUGUCUCCCCUUCCCCACUUACACAAGGUCAGCCUCAACCACAACCUUCCCCAAGUUUAUGAAUCCAGGAAUCCAUCCGCUCGCUCCGGAUGUCUUCCGUUCCCCACUUACCUAAGGUCGGCGGUGCCUUCCCCGGAUCAGUGUCUCCAGGAGUCUACUUGUAUCACCUGUGUGGACUCCCUUCCCCACUUCCCCAGAGUCAGCGGUGCCUUCCCCGGAUCAGUGUCUCCAGGAGUCCACUUAUGUCACCUCAGAUGGACUCCCUUCCCCACUUCCCCAGAGUCAGCGGUGCCUUCCCCAGAUCAGUGUCUCCAGGAGUCCACUUAUGUCACCUCAGAUGGACUCCCUUCCCCACUUCCCCAGAGUCAGCGGUGCCUUCCCCGGAUCAGUGUCUCCAGGAGUCCACUUAUGUCACCUCAGGUGGACUCCCUUCCCCACUUCCCCAGAGUCAGCGGUUGCCACCUUCAGUGACCUCGCUGCAUGGAAACUUGGUCUUGUCUAGCUGGUCUACGGUAGAGACUGUCCAGGUGGGUGGAAUUACUGGAGGUGACACACACAGAAAACUGCGUCCAGUAAUUACACCCACCAAGACAGCCGCGACCGUAGGUCAGCUAGACGCCACCAAGCUGCCUCACAGUUCCGCCACCUCCGAGAGGCUAAUUAACGUAAAUUUUGGAAAUCCUUUUAUAUUACAGUAUGAAUUUAGUCUAAGUACGAGAUUUUCUUGCUUAUUUAUCAGUUUAAAAGUAUUUGUAAGUGUUUUAUUUUAUGUAGAUGAAUGUCCAAGUGUUGAAGAACUUUUCCACCUCCAUCAAAACUGUAUUAAAUAUUACACUGUUUUCAUUUUUAUUUAUUUAUUGGUCAUUUUCAUAUGUCAUUGAAAGACUAACAAGCGCACAAACAUACACAUAUAUAUGUAUUUUUACGUACAUUUAUACGCUAGUUUACGGUAUUUUGACGACAUUCUUCGUCACACGGCUGUUAUAGCCAUAUAUAAAAGUACAUAAUAUUAAUUUAAAUGAGGGGAACCGAAAAAGUAAAUUAUCUCACAAACUAAUUUUAUUAAUAAAUUCGGAACCUUCUACUAACCUUAACCUCAGUUCUACUAACCUUAACCUCAGUUCUACUA